AUGAAGUUUGCAGCCAGUACCACCGCUAUGCUCGCGACAUUGCUCGCCAAUACCUCAGCGUUCACUGUCCGCCAAUCGUCUGCAGCUGCCGCAUUUCGAACUGUUGGAGCCAGUCGUCCUUUUUCGCAUGCAACAAAGCCUCUCGCCGCCAAUGUGAUGAAAUUAAGUGAACCUCAAAAGGAGCUCCUCGAUACCGUUGAUGUUUUCAUCUUCGAUUGCGAUGGCGUCAUUUGGAGAGGAGACUCUUUGAUUGAUGGAAUUCCAGAGACACUUGAUAAAUUGAGAAAAGCAAAUAAGAAAAUGUUCUUCGUAACAAACAACAGCACCAAGAGCCGAGCUGGUUACAAGAAAAAGUUCGAUAGCCUUGGCUUGGAUAUUCCAGCGGAAGAGAUCUUUUCAAGUUCAUUUGCAGCUGCUGCAUACUUGGAACAGACGAAGUUCAAGGAAAGUGGAAAGAAGGCGUAUAUCAUUGGCGAGAUUGGUAUUUGUGAGGAGCUGGACUUAAUUGGUGUUCCAUACAUCGGCGGACCUGCAGAUAGCGAAAAAGAACCAAACAUGGGACCUGGUGGAAAGCUAGAAGUAGACUCAGACGUUGGGGCUGUAAUUGUCGGAUUCGAUCGGUUUGUGAACUAUUAUAAGAUCCAAUAUGCGCAGCUUUGUAUCAACGAAGAAAACGCAGAGUUUAUCGCAACGAAUUUGGAUGCCGUCACGCAUUUGACUGACGCUCAAGAGUGGGCCGGUAAUGGCAGUAUGGUUGGCGCUAUCAAGGGAUGCACUGGACAAGAGCCUACAGUAGUUGGAAAGCCAAGUCCACUGAUGAUUGAAUAUUUGGAAUCGAAGUAUGGCGUGGACAGAAAGCGAAUCUGUAUGGUCGGUGAUCGCUUGGAUACAGAUGUUUUGUUUGGGACUGACAACGGGUUGAAGAGUUUGUUGGUCCUCAGUGGUGUGACAUCGGAGGAAAAGCUUUUAAGCCCCGAAAAUGCCAUUACACCAGACUUUUAUGCCGAUGACAUCAACGCUUUCUUUCAGACAGAAGAAUCGGCAGUGGAAUCAACUUGA